UCUUCGCGCCAGAACUUGUUUUGUUUUGACACGGCGCUGAAACGCUGGGGUGUAAUUUCUGUCAAAUUUCGUAAUUUUAUGAGUUGUUGUGUCAGUUUUGUAUCCUUAUUUCUUUCAUCGGAAUCCUCCCGUAUUGAUCUAUCAUGGAUCAUCAACUAACAACAGGUGCUAUUGUGAAAAUGCUCAAUGGAGAAAAGGUUGAUAAUGCAGUUCUCCAAGUCAUAUCUCACAAAAGGGUCGUAGGUGACACGGAGCGGUACCGGCUGCUCAUCUCGGACGGACAGCACAUGAACAGCUUUGCCAUGCUGGGCACCCAGCUGGUCUACAUGAUCCACGAGAACCAGCUGGCGCCCAACCCGUGUUCAGACUGAACCGGUACGUCUCCAACACCGUCAACGGCACCAAGAAGAUCAUCAUCCUGCUGGACAUCACGGUCCUGGUCCCCGGCGCGCAGACCGGCAAGAUCGGCAACCCGCAGGCCUACGCGGCGGGCAGCACUCCGGCCCCGGCCGCUGCGGCUCCCACCCCCCCGCUCCGGCUCCCGCGCCGGCCUUCAAAAACUCGACCAGCAACGGAGCGAUGGCGGCGCGCCCGGUCGCCGCGCCGCCGGCCGCCACUGGCCAGCUGUCCGCGCAGAACGUGAUGCCCAUCGCGCACCUGACACCCUACGCCAACAAGUGGACCAUCAAGGCGCGCGUCACCAGCAAGAGCGACAUCCGCACGUGGAGUAACGCGCGCGGCGAGGGGCUGUUCUCGUUCGAGCUGCUUGACGAGAGCGGAGAGAUUCGCUGCACGGCGUUCAAGGAGCAGUGUGACAAGUUCUACGACUUCCUGGAGCCGAACAAGGUCUACUACCUGAGUCAGGCCUCCCUGAAGCCGGCCAACAAGCAGUUCUGCGGCACGAUCCAGCACGACUUUGAGCUGACGCUCAACCACAACUCGAUUAUCGAGCCGUGCAUGGACGACUCCUCCAUCCCGGGGAUGCAGUUCAACUUUGUGCCCAUCUCUGACCUGCAGACCAUGGAGAAGACCGGCCUGGUGGAUGUGAUCGGCGUCUGCAAGGAGGCCGGCGACCUGGACCGCAUCAUGUCCCGCAAGUUCAGCAAGGAGCUCACCAAGCGGGACCUGAAGCUGGUCGACCAGAGCAACACGGAGGUCACCCUGACGCUGUGGGGCUCGCAGGCCGAGAGCUUCGACGCCGCCGGCAACCCGGUGGUGGCCAUCAAGGGCGCGCGCCUCUCCGACUUCAACGGCUGCAGCCUCAGCUCGGGCGGCAACAGCAAGCUGCAGCUGAACCCCGACAUCGACCAGACCUACAAACUCAAGGGCUGGUACGAGAACGAGGGCGUCAACAUGGAGUCCAAGUCCAUCUCGACGCGAGCUGCCCGGCCGGACAACUUCAAGACGUUCGCCCAGGCCAAACACGAGAACAUCGGCGGUACUGGUGAGCCGGGGUACUACAGCGUGUGUGCCACCAUCCUGCAGCUGCGCAGCGAGAACUGCCUCUACCAGUCGUGCCCGAACGGCGACUGCAAGAAGAAGGUGAUCGACCAGCAGAACGGCACGUUCCGCUGCGAGAAGUGUAACGAGCAGUUCUCGGAGUUCCGAUGGCGGGCGCUGAUGCAGAUGAACGUGGCCGAUAUGACCGACAACCAGUGGGUCACCGCCUUCCAGGAGACCGCCGAGGCGGUGCUCGGAAUCUCUGCAGACGAGCUCGGCAGGAUGCGCGACUCAGAUCCGGAGCGAUUCCAGGCCGUCUUCAACCGGGCCACCUUCAAACAGUUCAACAUGAAGCUGCGCGCCAAGAUGGAGUCCUACAACGACGAGUCGCGCAUGCGCGUUGUAGUGUCGGCGGCGGCGCCCGUGUCGGCUGACCUGGAGGCUCACAAGCGCCGGCUCCGAGAGGAGAUCAUCGCCAUGGGCGGCCAGCCCAACGAAGAGAAGAUGGUGGUCGACUAGGCGGAGGAUCCGGUUAGGAUGGGAGGGACGGGUGAAAAGUGAUGGGGCACAAAAGACGCUGGUGGGUUAUUUGAGAAGAGAUUUCAGACAUGCAAUGCACGUUUGAUAAUCUUGCAUUGAGGUGAUCGUAUCGUGCUGGCUUACCGGACCAAGAUAUGCCGGUGUUAUCUGAGGACUUAACCCACGAGCCGCUGGGGGGGGGCAUAAAGUUGCCCCCCCCUUUACGUUUUGUGAAAUAUCUCCGAAACCUGAUGAGCUACGAGCGUGAAACUUGGCAUAGCUUCAAAUGAAUACCUAGGCAAUGUUUGAGGAAAGUUUGGUGGUUGUAGCACCCAAGAUGACGUCACAGUGACGUCAUAAAGUUUUGUCGUUUUCCGAUAUGGACCGUUUCUGAUGACGCUGAGCAUGAAACUCGACUGUAAAUGAACUAGACAGCAUCUGCUGUCAUCCUAAACAUCUUACUACACUUCCAUCUAGUUUCUGACCAAUAAUCGGCCCUUUAUAUUCGGUCCCAUAUAUGUGAUGCAUCGUGAGGAAUAUGAGAGUCGCAAAUCUAUAAUUUCACUUAUGACGUCACUGUGACGUCAUUGCAAAUGGGAUCGACACCAAAUUUGGACACAACCUCGCCUAGGUAUUCAGGAAGAUGUGUGCAAAGUUUCGCUUCUCUAUCUCUUCGCGUUGCGACGAUAUCGUCGCAGAAGUAAAGGGGGGGCAACUUUAUGCCCCCCCCCCCCCAGCGGCCGGCGGGUGGCGCGGAGGCCCAGCGGCCGCCGGGUUAACCCGUGCUGACUGGGGAGCGAUUGGCUAUCGUAUCACUCGAGCGGGUGGUCCGAAGCACGCCGACGCCUGCGCCGGCCUGAAGUGACCUUGAGUGUCGUGAAUGACUGCCAAGACGACCUGACGAUGUGCUCGGAUGGCCGAGUGUGGUGACUGUUUUCACAGACGUUGCGCAGUGCGUGCCGUCUAGGAUUGGGACUCGAGUCCAGAUAGGCCGCGGGCAGCGGCGAGACGUGCAGUUGCAUGGCUGAACCAAAACUUCGUUACUUGGCGAGAUGCACGUUUUUCUCGUUAAAUGUCCAAGAGGUCCUUGGUCCCACCUCGUUUUCUGAUGUCUGACAGCCAAGCACUCUUAGCAUUCAGUUGCUUCCAAUAUUCCUCCAAUAAGGUAUCUUGGAGCUCCUUGCUGAUUGCAAGUCACCUCUGUUUUUGUAUUUUAGUGCUAUGUUAUUUUGUAAUAUAUAAUAAAAACUCAA